GAAUCAAACUUUUUUCCUCUCAGGGACUUUGCUAUGUUCCUAUUAUAGGUUUCCUUCGCUGUGUAUAUCUAUGUUAUUAUGAUCAGUCAAUUGGCUAGUUAGUAUUGGUAUGGGAUAUUCCAAAUUCAUCGCGAGAGUAGACGUUAAUUAGUCUGGGGCCGUGAUUGUUGUUAGGAAAUGUCAGCAAAUGUCAUGGUUAUAUUUGUGAUGAGGUCUCAUUUUUUCAACAAGAGGCCAGAGAGCUUAUUUGUGAGCUGUUGGUGGGUCACGUCUCUUUAGAGUUUGUAAAUGGAAAAGAUGAUCAUGAUAAAGUAUAUCGAAGUAGAGAUAAUCGUCUUUCUGAGAAAUUUUACGUGAUGACAGAGGAUCCAGCAGUUUGAGUGAAAGGUGAUACUGGGCAAACUGAUACGGAAAAGUAAUAUUGGGGAAUGCAUUGAUAUUAGAAAAAGAUUUUUGAUGAGAAGGCUGGUAGCUAAGCAAGCAGGAUGACAGGGAUGUUUGUAAGCAGAUAAGCAUGACAGCAAGACAACAAGAAGACAGACAGAUAGUUGGACAAUGUAGUGUGACUUGCAUAUAAAGCUGAUAGUUCCGUACGCACGCUGGGCAUCUGCGCUGGAUAGGCCAGUGGUUCCUAGUAUUUUUUUUUUCUAAGUAGAUUACCUAUUCAGCCUGUUUAGCCAUCCCAGUUUUCCCCAUUGUGUAGAGGAAAAAGGCUGACCCAGACACAAAAUUUAUUGCAAAAGAACUUCUGCAACCUUUAAGUAACAUAACAUCAACACCAUCUGCCUCUGCCACCGAAUUUGAAAGAACAAAAAGGCCAUUCAUAUAAUUGGGAUUGGACAGAAAAGGCGAUAUGGACGGCAUGUCAUCGUACCAGAGCGGUGGAGGCCGCAGUCAAGAGCUACAGAAAUAUUCACACAGUAUCGGUACAAAUAUCCAGAAAAUUUCUCAAAAUGUUAAAUCCAUGCAACAGUUGGUCAACCAGCUUGGCACAGACCAGGACAACCAGCAGCUCCGAGCACAGCUGCAUCAGGUUCAGCACUACACAGGAGGCUUGGCCAAAGACACGACAGUAGAAUUACGGCAGUUCCAGUCCCUCUCGGUGCCACACGGCCAGGAUGCUCGAACGUGGCGCAUGCAAGCUGAGCGUCUAACACGAGAAUUCACACAGGCACUGAAUGAUUUCCAAGCAGCCCAGCGGCAAGCAGCGGCCAAAGAGAAAGAGGCACUGAAGAAGGCACGAGCAGAUUCAGAUGCCCAUUUCUUUGAGGACCCCAGCCAUGGCGCAGCUCUCUUGGACCUUGGAGACACACACAACAAAGGCUCGUCACAACAGAGUCAGGUGCAAAUACAGAUGGAGCAAGAGCAGGAACUCAGGGCUCUACAGGAACGCGAGGGGCAGAUUCGUCAGCUGGAGUCGGACAUCAUGGAUGUCAACCAGAUCUUCAAGGACCUGGCCACAAUGGUUCAUGAGCAGGGAGAGGUCAUCGACUCCAUUGAGGCCAACGUGGAAUCAGCGCAGGUCCACGUCUCACAAGGGGCGGGACAGCUCCAGCAGGCACGGCAAUACCAGAACAAAGCACGUAGAAAGAAGAUUUGCAUCAUUGCUAUUGGUAUAGUGGUAUUGGCCAUUGUUAUUGGACUCAUUGCCUGGUCUGCAUCUUAAAGGACAAGUCCAGAAGGAAGGUUGUCCUCCUCACGCUAGUUUGCAUCAUGAUUGCCCUGGUCAUCGGCCUGAUAAUCUGGGCCAGCAACUAGAGCAGUUGUCGCAGAGGAGGCACCCUUGGGGUGACAUGAGGGCCGCAUGGGAGGGAGAUGUUCCUCAUCCUGAAGCAGCGAGCGUUGACUCCCCGAGUUCGGCGAUGAUAUUGCUAAUGGGUUCAUCACUAAUGUUGUUAUUAAAAGAGAAGUGGCCUUGUUGAGAGGAUUAGUCACAAUGUGUUAAGCACCUCCACCACAUCCUCAAUGUUUUAUCUGAUCGAGGGACAUAUUUAACUUCAUCUCUGCUGUGGAUAUAUUAAAAUGUAGCUGCUUUUUGGGCUGGAAAUUUAAAUACCAUACUGUUCUGAUAUUUUGUACAUGUUGCCAAAAAGAAUUACUGCUUUUCCUUUUUUUAAAACUAUUUUUAGAUGUGUUAACCAAGUCAGGAUUGGGUAAUGACAUUUCCAUCAUUGUUGUCUGGAAAUUAUAGAAAAGUAAAAUGUCAUUACAUCGUAAAGCAGUCAGUAAAUUUUGUAGGGAGGGUAGGGAAGCUGGAAUUAUUUAUAUUGAAGAACAUUGGUGUUGAUGACAUUAAUUCAUCCAACUGUCAAGAAUGCAGCUGUAAAGUGUGACUGUAUAUUAGAGGAAGAAAUUGUGCAUUAUGUUCAGAAAGGUUGAUAGCUGUUAUUUAACUGGAUGUGAACCAGUUGAGGAAUUACUCGGGAUCUUGUAUUACUCAGAUGAAGUUGAAUUUCAGAGAUUGUUCACUUGAUUAGUACAGUUGUCAUGUGCUUCAUACUAUAGUCUUUUGUAAUUGUUAUCAUCUUUACAGAUUUUUUUAAAUGACGAUUGUGGAAAUGGUACUUUUCUAAAUAGUAUAUCAAAUUAUGGGGUACGAAGGUGUCUUCAGAUUCUUUCAGUUGAGAUUUGCUGCAAUUUUUAUUUUUUAUUUAUUUUAUACCCUUCCAAAUAAGCUUACAAGACCGAAUUCAGUCCUAGAAAUUACCAUGAAACAGAGUCAGGUUAGGUUAAUUCAUACCAAACCAGUCCUGCUGUGGUGGGUAUAGACCUGCAUAUAUUUUAGCUUGCUUUAGUCACCUGCAUUGAGUUUUGCAUUUGGACUGUUGCCAGCCAAAUUUUUUUUUUUUUUUUUUUUUUUUUUUUUUUUUUUAUGUGGGAUGUAAAUGAUCUGACAAAAAAUAUUUUCUGUUUGUCUUUUGUUCUUGUACAUAUCUAAUCUGAUUGUCGAUUGUGAUAUUUGUUAUUUUCAGUCAAAUUAAUAUAUUUGUAUAUUUUAUAUAGCUGCAUGCACUCUAGCUUCAUGUACAGGAUUUAGAAAUUAAUAUGUUUUGUAUUGUUAUAUAUCAGCAAAAGAGGAAAAUCAAAUUAACAUAUGUUUAGGGGCAAUGUCACACCUGUACACAUCUUUUGAUUUUGAAUUAAAGUAUAUGCACACAUGACUUGUGUGACUCUCGGUUUUUAUGUCUGAGGAAUCCAGAUAGGUACUCCAUGAAAUUCAGGAUUGUGACCUCUCUAAGAAAAUGAAUAUGCAGUUGGUUUGUGUAUAAGGAAAUACCCUCCCCCCCCAUUGUUACUGAGGUAUAUACAUUUUUUUUUUUUUUUCAUGUAUGUUUUUUCCAUUGUGAUUAUUAUUUUCCAACACACAUUGAGGAAGUACGAGAUGUUUUAUAGAUUGAUGUAAUGUGUGCAUACUGUAUUUUUCUUUAGUUGUUGUCUAUAGAAUUGAUGUGAUAGCAACUUUUCCAAGAUUUUUAAAGAGCAGAAUUGAGUCAUGCAAAAUUCCCAUUCCAGUGUGUAAUGGACAAUCAUAUUCACAGGUAAAUAUGGUAAUAAUGCUAAAGAAACGAGCAGAGUUUAUUGAAACUUCAAUUAUUAGAUCAUCCUUUUAAAUAUUAUUUUAUAUUAUGAUCAUUAUUAUUAAUAAAUAUUGUUAGUUAUUCAUAUGUCACUCUGUAAAGAUAAUAUGGAUGAACACGAAUUAUGUUGAAUGUGUGAAGAAGCUUGCUUUGUCAUAGAGGAACUCCUUGUAUAGAAUGUAUAAAAUUUAUUUACAUAAUAAUAACCUAAUACCUUAGUUUCUCAGGAUUUGUUUAUGUAUUUUCUCCCUUAUAACAUAUCCACUUCUAAGAUACUUUAGCCUUCAAAAAUACCAAAAGACAUUGUGUAUUGCCACAAUACAGUAAAUGUGUAUAGGAAACACUUAAUGUUUACAUUAAGAAUGGUAAGAAAACAGAUACAUGUAUAGGAAUUUUGCAAUUGCUCAUAAAUGCAACUUGUUCUUGGGUUUCUUUGGUGUCACUGAAUGUGUGUUGACAAUAAAAACUUGUCAUUUGGGACGAAGAUUUCCCCUCUUAAGAUAUCCCAUUGCUAGAGCUAAGCGGUUGAAUUUGGCCGCCAGUCGAUAGGAUACCAACACACAUCAAGUCGUUUUGAUGUUGUUACUUAGUGGAAAAAAAAA